AUGUUCUCGAGGUGGAUAUCGCUCAACGGCGUCUCCCUCACCGCCAGCAUUAACUUCCGGUUCUCUUUGAUCGAAACAUCUGCAGCUCGGGAUAUGAGGUCGUCGCAAUACCCUGAUCGGAUUGCCGCAAGAGUUUUCAUGCUGCAGGGCAGCACGGCCAUGCCAUCAUGGAUGAAGGAUCCGCUGGCUAUGGGGGCUGACAUAUCCUUUGCCUGCCCACUUGCUCAUGAUGAGAUGAGUCUCUACACCGAGAUCACGCAGCACUUUCAGCAUAUGGACCGCAAAUAG